UACCAACGGUUAUUCUCAUAUCACACUGUCUUCUGCUUUCGAAUCCAAGCUCUGUAAUCUUCUGUGCCAAGGAUCCGUAAGGACGAUGGAAACAUUUGCGUUUACAGGCCAAGGAAAGGUAAAUCAGCUUGGUGGAGUUUUCAUAAACGGCAGGCCUCUUCCGAAGCUACUGCGAUGGAAGAUAAUUGAAUUGGCACAGAUGGGCGUGAGGCCAUGUGACAUCAGCCGUCAGCUCCGAGUUUCCCAUGGCUGUGUUAGCAAAAUUCUCUGCCGAUACCAAGAGACCGGCACUGUUGAUCCAGGGAUAGUCGGUUUGAACAAGCCCCGAGACGUCACUCCAGAAAUUGAAGAGAAAAUUGACCAUUACCGUAAAGAAAAUGGAGGGAUUUUUUCCUGGGAGGUUCGUGAUCGCCUUUUGAGAGAAAAUGUGUGCAGCAAGAGUACCGUGCCAUCACUUUGCGCCAUCAGCCAAAUAUUGAAGUCUAAGAUUGUGCAAGAAAGUGCAGGAAGAGAAGAUGCUUUUAUGAAGAAGUGCGAUGCUGCUAAGUGGCGAAAGAAGUCCAGUGAAGAGAAUUAUAAGGAAGGCGAUGACGAGGAAGAAUCUUAUUCCAGUCCAACUAUCGUGAAGGAAGAAGAUGAUCCCCCAAGUCCAACAAAUAAAGACGAUAGGGAGUCAUACUCACCAGAUGCAGAGUUCAAGACCUUGAGUACCUUUUCCCCAAGUUACACGUACAGUAGCUUGGACAAUGACUUCUUCAUCGCCCGCAAACAGCGUCGUAGUCGCACCAAGUUUACGCAUGAGCAAGUUAAGGCUCUAGAGAAGGCCUUUCAGAAAACUCAAUAUCCUGAUGUCUACACCAGAGAGGAACUGGCCCAUAGAUUGUCACUAACAGAAGCUCGUGUGCAGGUGUGGUUCUCUAACCGAAGGGCUCGCUUAAGGAAGAGGGAAACCCAACAGGAGAAGAGGCAAGCCUCCGCAGCAUGUUCAUGUCAGCAGCCCGUGCAGUCGAUGAGCUAUGUACCCUAUGUGGUUGUGAAUGAUGCCAUCUACCCUCUUCCGGUUUAUUGAGCCAUUUUUAGAUGGCAUAUGGAAGUAGAGCCCCGUGAUCAAGAACUGCAGUAGCAACACGCGAAUCUUUUCUGAGUGGUUUGGUCGUCACGUGUAAAGAGUAUUAAUCACACGAAAUAGGUUACUGAGAUACUACCAUGCUUAGUUUACCGAAGAACAAUUGCGACUGGUGUAUACUUUAAAUCGUAUACCCAUAUGCUUAGGACGGUUGAGAAAAUUUCUUCUUACACUCAUUAAUAAUUAAUUAAGUUUAAACAAAGGAAAUUAUGACCGUGACAG